AAGAGUAUCUAUGAGUUAAAUAAAUAAACAAUUUAAAAUAAAAAAAUUGCAAGAAAUUACACUUCCGUUAACAAAACCAGUUUUUGAUCUCACUUCACUGAAAAUGUGGAAAUGGGAAAAGUGGGGAUACCAGGAUUAUAGUUUAAAAUCCCCCAACUAAAGAGAGUUGUAAUUGUAUGUAGGAUAUUAUUGUUACCAUGAUUAUGAAGGUAACCAUGGUAACCACGUCCAAGAAUUUAGUAAACAAAUAAACAGUAAAAAUGAGAAAACAUUCUAUAUUUUCCGAUAAAUUUUCUGAAAAUGAAUUUGUUCGUGGUUCCCACAACUGGCUCCUUCACGCUCGAUAUGUUCGCGGGGAACAUGCUGUUUGCUUGGAGUUGGCCGAUGAUUUGCAGAAACAAACUGAAAAUACGCAUCGAUUUGCUCAUUACAUAAAGGGCUCAGUUUUAGCUGACGCAGGGCGCUUGCAAGAAGCAUUGGAAAAAUUUCAUAGCUGCUUACGACUUCAGCCCCAAGAACCCGAGCCCUUAAAACAAGUAGCCAAAUGUCUUUAUCGGCAGGGACGAUUCCAACUAUCUCUAGAAGCGUACUUGGAAGCAGAAAAACUUACCAAACACCCAGACCCAGACAUUUAUUGCGCCCUUUCGGAGUGCGCUUAUAAUCUUGGUGAGAUUCAACGAGGAGUUGAUUGGGCGAGAUCAGCGGUGCAGGCUGGAGGCGGGGAGCGCGCGGGGGCACUUCUUGCGCGCCUCUUGAUAAAAAACGAUGAUGUCCCUGGAGCCCUCGCCGCGUAUGAUCAGUCUCUUGCGUCAUAUGCAUGUGGAGCAGACACGUUAGCUGCAGCUGGCGCUCUCAGACUUCGUGCUGGUGAUCCUAAACGGGCGUUUCAAUUACUCGGUGCAGCACUAGCCCAACAACCCACACAGCAUGCAGCUGCGUUAGCCCUAGCGGCUAUGAUGCUGCAGCACAAAGACGUCGAUGCAGCACUGUCAAGGCUGAGAUCUGCAUUAGCUGCGCAUCCCACGUGUGUUGCUGCGCACACUGACUUAGGGUUGGCGUUACUAGCUAAACGAAAAUUUGUUGCUGCCCUGACAUGUCUACAAAGAGCAGCGUGGGCUGCACCACUCAGCGCAAAAGUAGCACACGAUCUUGGUUUAGCUUUGCUUAUAUGCAAGCGUCCAACUUCGGCAUUCUGCAGACUUGCAGCUGCGGCAGCUUUACAGCCAUCUCAGCCAUAUACGGUCCUAUUAAUCGGAAUAGCAUUGGAACGUUUGGGUGACAGUAGAGCUGAUGCAGCAUUUGCCCGUGCUGCAGUAUUAGCUCCAGAUGAUUCUCUCAUAAGGCUCAACUUUGCUGGACGACACGCUAGAGCUGGCCGGCUGAUAGAAGCUGUCGAUGAAAUUUCUUUUACGGCUCGGUUGCUCGAACGUGAUGAAAAACCAGACCCUCAGAUUGCCAGUGCCUUGACUUCAUUAUUUGAACUUAUUCAAGAUGCUGGGAUUGAUAUACCAGAAUUGCCUGAAUCAACAACUAAACCUAAAGUACCGGCACUUACGAAUACGGAACCUAAUGAAGAGAGUAUUGGCGCUGAUGAAGUAUAGUAAUGUUACUUUACGUGAUUCGAUACCGAAUAAAUAGUUACUUACCUACG